AUGGUCAGAGACGCCGCCGGCCUGAAGCCACUACUGGCAAAAGUGAGCAGAACUCUGGGUCAACUAAAGAAAGAAAAGGUCAUCACCAUUGAAGACUGGUACAUGGCAAAGCGCACCGAAGCAGCCAUGGCACAAUUCUACGACUUCCCAAAAGUACACAAGCCGGAUGUGCUCCUGUGGCCAGUUGUCUCUCUCCCAUUUACGCCCACAUAA